AUGGCGACAAAACACUUCUUCCCCGACACCUCCAACCUCGUAGUCCGUGGCCUUGAAUCUUUGGUUGCCAAAAAUCCUCAUCUCACCCUCGAUGCUGCCAACAAAGUAGUCUACCUCCCCACGCACUCUACGAGAAAAGUCUCGGUUCUCUCCGGCGGAGGCGCAGGACAUGAACCCGCAUGGUGCGGCUAUGUAGGCGACGGUCUUCUCUCCGCAGCAAUCAGUGGAGAGGUCUUUGCUUCUCCAUCGACGAAACAGAUCAUGGCUGCUGUGGAGGCCGUGCCGAGCGAGAGAGGCGUCAUUCUGUGCAUCACAAAUUACACGGGAGACAAUUUACAUUUUGGACUCGCGAGGGAGAAGGUUGCUGGUAAAGGAGUCAAGGUGGGGAUGUUGAGGAUGACUGAUGAUGUGGGCUUGGGCAGGGAAAAAACGAGGAGAUUGGGGAGGAGAGGUUUGGCUGGAAAUAUGUUUGUACUCAAGCUUUGUGGUGCUGCUGCCGAGGAAGACUAUGAUUUUGAUGCUUGUUUUACGAUUGGUGAGAGUGUGAAUGGGCAUUGUGUAACCAUUGGGUCGUCGUUGGAUUAUUGCCAUAUUCCUGGUCGAGCUCACCAUGAGUCUCUGCCUGCAAACACGCUUUCGGUGGCUCAAGGUAUUCAUAACGAAGCUGGCUUGUACGAAAAAGAUAUUCCUCCACCAGACGAGCUGAUUCAAGAGCUGCUUCGUUACCUCCUCGACGAAAACGACAAAGAUCGCGCCUUUGUAAAGUUUAGCCCCGACGACGAGGUCGCUCUUCUCAUCAACAACUUCGGCGGCCUCUCGAAUCUCGAACUCGAAGCCUUGACUACACUCACGAUCAGUCACCUCAAACUAGACUGGAACAUCACGCCCACCAGAGUCUACGCCCAACCUUUUGAGACAUCACUCAACGCACCUGGCUUCAGCAUUUCGUUGCUCAACCUGAGUGGAGUAGCUCGGGAAACAAAAAUGGAGGUGGAUACGCUAUACUCUUUGCUGGACCGGGACACCAACGCACCUGCAUGGCCGAGGAACUCGUAUGGACAAGUCCGAGUCGACAGUCCGACGCAGACCAGAGCUUCGCUCACAGAACACGAGACUGUAGCCUUUGGUCCCAAGCUCGACGUCUCCGCACUCGAAAUAGCGCUUCGAAGUGCGUGUGAGGCAGCCAUAGCAGCCGAACCCGACAUCACAAAAUGGGACAUUGUGAUGGGCGACGGCGACUGCGGAGAAGCGGUUGAGGGAAUGUGCAAAGGCGUGCUCUCUCAACUCUCUUCAGGGCUGAUUUCCAAGCACGACGGAGCAUUACUGCCCAUCCUCGACGAGAUUGAGAGCGGUGUAGAAGAGAUUGGAGGAACACUGGGCGCCAUCAUCAGCAUUUUACUCGCGUCCUGGACAUCGGAUCUUAAAAACACAUAUCGUGCUGAUCCCUCCCUCGAGUUCGACGAGCACGUGGCUGGUCGCAGUGCUGGCAGGGCGUUGAAGAACCUGCAGACGUAUACACCGGCACGAGUGGGUGGUCGCACAGUCAUGGAUACGCUGAUCCCCUUUUGCGAGACGCUGUCCGCCGUGGGCGAUUUGAAAGCAGCAGUGGUCGAGGCCGUCAAGGGCGCAGACAAGACGGAGGGCAUGCCAGCAGUCUAUGGACGAGCGACGUAUGUUGGCGACAAGAUCAGCGACAAGGACGUGCCCAGAGAUCCUGGCGCAUACGCAGCGUCGGUCUUCCUGCAAGGUCUGUGGGACGGGCUCAAGGACAAGCUGUAG